AUCACUGUGCGCUGCCUCCUUUCAUUCUGUUCUGUUUGCCAUCAAAUAUUCCUGACGCAGAAGCUUUUGUCUCAUCGACAGUGAGCUGUAAGGCCACUUGCAGAUAUUUUUGUGUUUUUUCCGAGCCUCACUCGAUCAUGGAGUCCGUGGAGGAAAAGACGGGCUCCAUUUCUGCGGCUCAGCUGCGUGCGGAGAAACGGAGGAGGAAACUGCUGCUCAACUCGGAGGACAGGAUGAACAGAAUCGUAGGCUCCACCAAAAAGGAGCCUGAUAACAGCGGAGCCUCCCGGCGUCCCACAGAGCCCCGCUUCCACCUGGACCUGGACAGAACAGAGCCAUGGACCCUGUCUUCGGCCUCCCAGAGACCGUCUCCCUUCCUGUCAGAGGCUCCAGGCGCCCGCUCCCACACUGCCACCCCAGAGAGGAGGGGCUCCCCUCUGCCAGACUUCAGUGAGCCUCGUAGAGCCUCUCUAGAGGGUGACUUAGCAGGUCUUCGACAGAGAGCGAAGGGUGAGCGGGCUGGAUCAGAUGAGGUCAGCGGCUCUCCACGCAGAGGCUUCCAGCAGUAUUUAUCUCGCUUGGACGAUGCUAUGAAACUCCGGAGUCAGCUGGCCAGUGAGAAGCCCACUCAGGAGGGAGAUUCUGAGAUAGAGGAGUUUGAUCCGUUUCGGGUUUUCAGGCUGAUCGGCAGCAUCCUCCUCGCUGUUUUUGUCAGGGUUUUUGUCUGCAAGUAUCUGUCGAUAUUUGCUCCAUUUCUGACCCUUGAACUGGCCUACAUGGGAUUGUCUAAAUACUUUCCAAAGGUGGAGAAGAAAACCAAAACCACUGUGCUGACCGCUGCCCUGCUGCUUUCCGGCAUCCCUGCCGAAGUCAUCAACCGCUCCAUGGACACCUACAGGAGGAUGGGCGACGUCUUCUCCGAUCUCUGCGUUUACUUCUUCACCUUCAUCAUCUCUCAUGAGAUCUUGUUGCUCUUCGGCUCAGAGACGCCCUGACAUAAGCUCUGCUCGGCUUCUUGUUACUCCCUCUCCCUGUUUUCUCCCCUUCAUACCAACCAGCUGUGCUCAGUUGCGCCCCCUGGUGUUUUUUGUUUCCCUGUUUACAUUCUGCUGCCUUAAUAUCAGGUGUGCACCCCUCUUCUUCGGGUGAUAAUGUGUUCAGACCCCAGUGUAUAUACCACUUGAAUUUACUGCAUGCAGAAGCUCAGGAAGAGGCGGGAAAUGUCUUUGUUGUAUAAUACGGUCCAUCUUUGAGCGAUUAUAGAAAACUGCAUGCUGGAAAACCCCAGAUUCCAGUUCAACCAUUAAAAAGGAAAUGGGGAAACGUGCUACAGCACUUCAAGUGUUAAAACUAAGUUCAGUUGGAGGAAAUAUUAUUUCAUCGACUGUUUCAAGUGGAGCAAAGUAGCAAUGAAUGCAGAUAAAUAAACCAGGGUUUCCUUCCUUUGUUCAAAGUGAUUUUACAAGCAGCAGACUUUGAAACAGCUUUAUUUCAGCUUAAGCUAAGAUCACAACUAAUGAACUGUGACCACAUGAGCGGCUGUUACUAAUUUGUUCAAGCAGAUUUCACACUGCUUUCUGAUGAUAAUACAUUGGUUGCUGGGCUGGGCUUCAUCUCUAAACUCUAUAUUAGAUUCUAACAUCAAAGGCAGCCAAACCCCUUUACUUGUUUAAAUAAAGUGUUGGUAUGCAGACUGUAAAUGCAUCAUAUCUAGGGAGUCCUUUAGGAGGUAGCCUGGACUUGACUGAGAUGUGCUGAAUUAUGCAGCUCCAUAUUGUUGGAAUCCUUAGAUAUUAGAAACAAGCAGCUGGAUCAGUAGUUUGUUCUGCAAAGGGGCAACAGGUUGAUUAGUUUCCCUCCAACUUGUCUUAUUGUUUACAGUAAUGAGCCUGAACUUUGAAAACAGGAAUCCCAGUUAGUUUGGACAAACCUUUGGAGCUUUGAACAACAUUUGUUAACAUCCAUACAGGUCUAAAGUCUUUUGAUGCACCAACGGGUUUUCUUUUAGCUUCACCCAUCUUCCCACAUCAUAAUGCUGCAGCCACCGUGCUUAAAGGAUGGUUUCCUCAGUGUUAGUUUUCCUCCACAUCUAUCAUGUAGGUAUUUGUAUAUAGAGCGGAAAAUCCAGCUUUGGUCUCACCUGACUAGAUUAGUGGGGAACUGGAAAAGUUUUGUGAAAUUGAUAGACAUAAGCUUUAUUACAGAAUCUGCUCAAUGACAUUAUUAUGCCUAAUGAAGUACAUCAUAAAAGGAGAAACAUUGUGAAUCAGCAAAUAUUGAAGCCUUGGAUUAUUUCUAAGCUUAAUAUUCACCGACGUAAAGAAGACAAAAAUGUGACAGGAAAGGUUUGUUGGUCAUUUUGCAUCUUCGCUUUACCUUUUCUGUAACUGACUGAUUCUAAGCCACCUUGGGCAGGUCUCACAACACUCUUAACAACCAGGGAUAAUAAGUAUCUUUCUGUGCUCUACUGAUGCUCCAAUGUGAAUUUUCUGUGCUCACACUAAAUAUCUAUCAGCGGGGGAUCGCUCUGAGUUAGUUUAGUUUAAACAAAACUCAUCAAACCCUAAAGGGGAUCAACAGCGUGACCAGUGGUCAUGAUCGGCUAUAAUGGAGUCUUUAGAAGAUGUUUUAUUCCACUACAGGGGAGGGCUAUUUUAUAAUGAUGUAACUGACUUGGAGCUGGUAGGUUGGUUAUCACUACCUUAGAUUGUUUUAAUUAUGGAGGAAUGUGUCUUACUGAUCUACUAGAGAGUCUGAAAGGUAAAUGAACUUGAGGACGUAUGUUUUAUACGCAGGGAAUGAAGGAA